CAGCGGUGGGAGGCAGGCCGGCGGGCAGACGGCCUCGCAGGCGGGUGGCGGCGGCCGCGCUGGCUGCUGAGGGCGGGAGCGAGUGAGUCACUGCGCGCGUGUAAGGGAGGGAAGGAGCGAGCGAACGAGCAGCCCGCGCCCGCCGCCCUCCCGCAGCUCUCGCCAGGCCCCCAGCCGCCGGCUGCCCUCCGCCCCGCGCCCAGGCCGGGCCGAGCCGAGCCGGGUCGGGCCCGGGCCAUGCUGCUCACCGUGUACUGUGUGCGGAGGGACCUCUCCGAGGUGACCUUUUCCCUCCAGGUCGACGCCGACUUCGAGCUGCACAACUUCCGCGCGCUGUGCGAGCUCGAGUCCGGCAUCCCCGCCGCCGAGAGCCAGAUUGUCUACGCAGAGAGACCUCUCACGGACAACCAUAGGUCACUGGCUUCCUACGGUUUAAAAGAUGGUGAUGUCGUAAUUCUACGACAGAAGGAGAAUGCAGACCCUCGCCCUGCAGUGCAGUUCUCAAACUUACCCCGGAUUGACUUCAGUAGCAUAGCUGUGCCUGGCACAUCAAACCCCCACCAGCGCCAGCUGCCCAGAACACAGGCUCAGCACUCAUCUCCUGGAGAAGUAGCAUCGUCUCCUCAAGGCUUAGACAACCCAGCCCUGCUCCGAGACAUGCUGCUGGCCAAUCCGCAUGAGCUGUCCUUGCUGAAGGAGCGGAACCCACCCUUGGCAGAAGCUCUGCUCAGUGGAGAUCUUGAGAAAUUCUCUAGGGUCUUGGUGGAACAGCAGCAGGACCGAGCCCGGAGAGAACAAGAACGGAUUCGUCUGUUUUCUGCUGACCCCUUUGAUCUCGAAGCUCAGGCAAAGAUAGAAGAAGAUAUAAGGCAGCAGAACAUCGAGGAGAACAUGACAAUAGCUAUGGAGGAGGCCCCAGAGAGCUUCGGCCAGGUCGCCAUGCUCUACAUCAACUGCAGAGUGAACGGGCAUCCUGUGAAAGCCUUCGUUGACUCAGGUGCCCAGAUGACAAUUAUGAGCCAGGCCUGUGCAGAAAGGUGUAACAUAAUGAGACUGGUGGACCGUCGGUGGGCUGGCAUUGCCAAAGGAGUAGGCACACAGAAGAUUAUUGGAAGGGUGCAUCUAGCUCAGGUUCAGAUUGAAGGCGAUUUUCUGGCAUGCUCCUUCUCGAUUCUGGAAGAACAGCCUAUGGACAUGCUUCUGGGUCUGGACAUGCUUAAACGACAUCAGUGUUCUAUUGACUUGAAGAAAAACGUUCUGGUGAUUGGCACCACGGGCUCACAGACCACCUUCCUUCCUGAGGGGGAGUUACCAGAGUGUGCUCGCUUGGCAUAUGGAACCGGGCGAGAGGACAUACGGCCAGAGGAAAUUGCAGACCAAGAAUUAGCAGAAGCCAUUCAAAAAUCAGCCGAGGAUGCAGAGCGUCAGAAGCCAUGAUGCAUGUAGUGUGUGUGUGCUGCAGCUGGAGUGGGCCCAGACAAGAGAAAAGCAGUAAAGAAUCUACCUCACUGGGAAUGUCAUCAUUGCCGACUUCAGAUGGAUCCAACCAUCCAGCUCCUUCAGGGCAGAGUCCUGAGGUCGGUAGCCCAACGAGUCUCGCUCGCUCUGUUUCUGCUUCCGUCUGCGCCAUCAAGCCCAGUGACCCCAAUAGCAUUGAAUCUCUAGCUAUGGAGGCUACAAAGGCUUCAGCUGAAUUCCAGACAAACUCUAAGAAAACAGACUCUCCUCCUCUGCAGGUCCUUCCUGAUCUUGCUUCCUCCGCAGAACAGAGUCUAGCUAUGCCUUUGCAUAAUUCAUCAGAAGAAGCAUUUGUUACAGGCAAUGUGGAGAGAUCUGCUGGAAAAAGAACCCAGGACCUCAGAGUGUAUGUCCAUACAAGGCAGGGCGCUAGUUUAUCUGUCACAGCUACUGGGAUGCAUGAGCCACAGAUAUUUGUGGAGGAAAAGAGUUGGCAUCCAGAAAAUCAGACCCCAAGUCAAGUGAACAGCCUUCAGCAGCACAGAGAAACAGAGAGUGUGCUGCAUGAGACUGGACCACAGUGUGUUCCACAUGACCAGGAGUGUCUUUGUGACACAGAAAACCUUGAGCUUCAUGAAGAAAAUGUCAGUUUGGAAGCUGUGAUGAAAGAUGAGCUACAGAGAAACACUCAUCUUCCCAGAGCUGAGAAAGGUCCUCUGGCUUCAGGACGCUGUCGCUGUUCAUGCUCAGAAGCCCUGAUGGAAGUAGAUACAGCUGAGCAGUCUCUGGUUGCUAUGAACAGCUCAACAGGCAGGCAGGAUGCUGUCAACAAGAGCCCCGGUGCAUCACAGCUCUCUUCAGAUAAUCCCUCUAUGGAAGUGGAGACAUCACAGUCUAACCCCUCCAGUGAACGUGUGCAACAUUCCAUCUUGACUCACGAUUUGCUGCUCCCAGAAGAUAAUGUCGAAAUGUCUACAGUGGAAAACAAAGCUGACAGUCCCUCUUCCCCUCUAAGUGGCCAUGGUCAGCCCUCUAUGGAGUCCGCAGAAGAGUUUUGUUCGUCUGUCACAGUGGCCUUGAAAGAACUACAUGAGCUUUUGGUCAUUAGCUGUAAGUCAGCUUCCAAAGAUUCACCUGAGGAUAUUACCUGUCAGUCAGAAAUGGGAGCUGAGAGCCAAACAAGUGUUUCAGACCUUACAGGAAUUAGGGCCCUUAGUGAGCAGUACCCCCAAGUCUCCUGUCACCAGGCCACCUCUGAAUCAGAAAAGAUAGAAAUCAUAGGAACUGCACCUUGUGCUGUGAUAGAAGAUGAAGCAUCCACUAGCUUUGGAGGUGUGGGUGAUGGCUUGUCACCUGGCCAAGAAGGUGUCACCAGAUCAACAGUGUCAGUCAGGAAGAGCUGUUCUGUCACCAGAACCUCACCUAAACUGCCUGAGCAGUUGCCCUGCACCUCAGGUAUAGAAAUUUUACCCGAACUUGCAGCAGGUGAGGGGGGUGCCCACAGUCAGCCUUCUGAGCGUGUGCAGAAUCCAGGCCCAGACAGGCCGGAGAGCAGCAGUGUCUGCCCUGGAGCUGGGUUGCCCUUCAGUGGAUUGGACCAACCUACCGCACAGUCCUUGUCCACCUCCUCCGCUCUUUCACCGUUCAUCUUUCCUGCCGCAGAUGUUGACAGGAUUCUUGGUGCCGGCUUCACUCUGCAGGAAGCCCUUGGGGCUCUGCAUCGAGUUGGUGGGAAUGCAGACCUUGCCCUUCUUGUUUUGUUAGCAAAGAACAUUGUAGUCCCUACAUAAUUGUGGGAAGUGGGCUAGACCGCACUUCAUUCCUUUUGAAAAAGCCCUUUUCACACAAAUAUACUCAACACACACACACAAAAUAUGUGUAGAAAAUCUGCAAGCAAAAUGUUGAGCCAGAUUUUUUUUUUCCGGCCAAAGUAAUUUAUGAUCUUUUGUCUGAUGAAUUUGUCUAUUCUACUUGUUAAAAUUUGGGCCUUUUAAAUGUAUUGGCAGUGUGUGCAUACAAAAGCUUUUUAUUCUCAUUAAGAUGAUGUAUUCUGGAAUAAAGCAGAUGGUUUUGUGUAUAGCAUACCAUUUUAGAAUGAGUGAGUGCUUUGAAAGCAGGAGUUAUGAGGAGCCUGCCAUCUAUGGAGCUAGGACAGAUGAGCUGCCAACCUAGGCUCUGGCUGUGCUGUGUGCAGGGGAUGGCUUGUAACAGGAAGCUGGAGGAGAUAAUAACUUCUAGAGUUGUACGUUUUGAUUUGUGUGCUCAGGGUUGACAUUUAAAUAGGGUGAGCGGGAGGGCUUAAACCUUGGGCUGUGUUGUGUAUGCAUCAUAGGCUGUUGCAUAGACUGAUUGCCAAAUACCUUCAUGACCAUGGGUAGGGUAUGGGGAAAUUCACAGUAGAGUGAGACAUGGUGCUACUUGUAUUUAAAAAGGGAAGGGAAAAAACUCGAUUAUAAUUCCAUUUGUAAAUGUGAGAGACUGUGAGCUAAAGAUAAUGGCUUAGACAAACACUGGUGUGUACUAGAGACAGGAUCGAGGCGUCUCACUGACACCCUGACCCUCGCAGUGAUCAUGGGUUGACCACCAAGAGCCUGCUGGUUUUGUAAACUCAUCUGCUAGGAAGUUCUUCCCAUGCUCAGUCGGAGCCGAGUGAGAUGGAGCGCCAGGAGACCCUCUGUCCCUGUCCUCUCAGUGCUUAGACUGAUAAGUCUGUGAGGGUCCCUCAUGGCGGUGGAAGUACAAUGGAAAUUCUGACAACAGUGGCCUUGGUACAGUCUUCAUCCCUUUCUUUGCUCAGGAGUUUCUUUUCUAAGUAGGAUCCAUGUUUGUGUUCAUCAAGUUGAGCUAGAGUGGGGCAGAAUGUGUAGCUGUGUUUAUUGUGGCCUUUUUAGUGUAAGCUCUCGCCUUGCAAGUCGCUGUCCCAUGGGCCCCACUGUGCAAUAAUCACUCUGGAUAGGUUUGAAAGCAUCCUUUCUUGGAACAUAAACUGUUGUCUUAGGUGUCUGGCGGGAAUCAGGAAUCUUGCUUUUCUUGAAAAGGAUUUUGAGGAUAAUUCCUCGUUUCAGGUUGAGAGUUUGCAGUUUAUUAAAAUUAAAGUGUUGAAAUUGAAUUCUGAACGUAGCAUCAACUGAGUUUUGUCUAAAAGUCACUAUCCAUAUCUCUCUCUCUCUCUCUCUGUCUCUAAGCUUGGUUUUUAUCCAUCAAAAUUGAAGUCAUCGAACACAGGUUCAUAUCUCAGGAGUUUUUGAAACUUUAGGGGCACUUACAGGGGUUUCUGUUCUUUGGUCUAGUUCUUUUUGCCACUUGUUUGUGUGCUGAGACUCACUUCAGUGACAUGGUGGCAAGUCAUACCAAGUGUCAUGAUCCUUUCUGGAAUUAGGAAAUGGUUGCUGGAUGGCCUUGUGGUUCCCAGCUCUCCAUUGGGCCCUCAGAACAUUAGGCUAGCAAAGCUGUCUUUGAGAAAUUCUCUCUUUCAGGUGAGCACAGCCUGUCCACCUUUUGCCUAUUCUACACCAAAGAUGUAUGUGGGAUUCCCUGGGAGACUGCUCACAGAUUCUGUCACCGACUUAGAGUAGUGCCUGAAUGAAGCAAGAGUAGGCAGUGCAGUGAAGCCUGGUGUUGGCUUGAGGGCAGGCGAGGGUGGGGCGCUGAAUUUUUGGGUCACAAAUCUUUGGGGUCACAGGGUGGGGUGGAUAGAAGAAAGAAGUGAUGACCAACUGCUCCCAGAAGGCCUGUGUGAGCAGAAGUAAUUGGCAGAGUCAGUAGUGUGGCCACUGACUACAAUGUGGAUGUUUGGGAGGCAGCCCUAUCGGAAGUAUGGAAUGCCAGUCUGGAAAAGAUUUCAUUACAAUAGCUUUUAAAGUAUGUACUUGUGUGUUCAUUCUUAGAAGCAGUUUGGCAAGUCAAUGAUUAGGAAGAUGUUCUUAGGAAUACCUUGAAUGAGCUGACUCUCUUGCCAAAUACUUUCUUCCUCUGCUUGUUACUUUCUUUGCAACAAAUAGUUGCUUUUGGUUUUUAAGAUGUCAAAAAUAAAUAAAAUUCAAAGGCCAGGCAAGCUGACAUACCUUUCAUUCUAGGAGGCGGGUGGAUAUCUGAGUUCAAGGCCAGCCAGAGCUACAUUAAUGAGACCCUGUCUUUUAAAAAAAGUAAAUUAAAAAAACAAAAACAAACAAUCUUUUGUCUGAAGUUUGGAUGAAGUUAGGAAUUUGUUAGGAAUUGAUUGGUAACAGAGGACAUUGAAAAACAUCACAUUAGUUGUACGUGGGAGUCAGCUUUUCACUUAGUCACUGUAAGAGUUAGAGUACAUCAUUGUGAAACCUAGUGUUGAGCCUGUCAGAUCACAACUAACACAAGGGGCAGCUCCUUUGCCAGACCGCUGUCAGGGGCUUCUACGGUGGCUGCUUACCUCCAGCAGUGGUCUCCAUAUACGCACCAAAGGGUUUUCUUGUAAAAUUCACGCCCAAGCCGAGGGGCUGGAGAUGCGGCCAUUUCCAGAUGUGCUAGUUCAGCCCUCUGCAGCAGCCGAAGCCUUCCCCUGGCUGGCUGAGCUUCGGCUUUUGACAGGUGAAGAUAAGAGUAGGUGCUUGGCAAAGAUCUUUAGUAGAUGGUCAGUAAGGUGGGAGAACUUGAAGCCUAUUCCCUCUGAUCCUCUAGAUGCAGGAAAGGGGAGACACACAGCCCAAGGUGUCUACCCAAAACAUUUCUUUGGCAAGCAGGUGCCUAGGUGUGGUGUAGGGGACCUGGUGUCGUGGAUGUUAGCACUAGCUUGUGAAGCAUCUGCCUGCUUGUCCCUCUCUACAGCUUUCUAUCUCUAGUUGAAGCCAUAAGAAUUUGUCUCAACUUCUCAGCUCAUGUCUAUAAAUAAAUACUAAG